AUCACAUAUUGUUUGAAUGUGAAACUCGUAUUUAUGCGGUGUAUACAAGGAAUUUUUUCACCCAUUCGAAUUAUAGUAUUAUAUAGUAGAGACAUUUGUCCUAGAUUGCGUGCAAUUUAUUUUUCGAUUAUUUAAAUUAAAAAUCAUAAACUAAACAAAAUGGAUUUUUUACCUUGUGGUAUGUACUCAAUGGCUGAUUCGACGCUUCCAGACUCCAUGGACGGACACAGUUCACAUACGAAAAAAAGCCGCGAAAAGAGUACGGUGACUGGAAUGGCCACUUUGACCAGGGAAGAACGGCGGAGAAGACGGCGGGCCACCCAAAAAUAUAGAAUGGCUCAUGCUACACGCGAACGAGUCAGAGUUGAGGCGUUUAACGUAGCAUUUGGCGAAUUGAGGAAACUUUUGCCCACGAUACCGCCUGACAAGAAAUUGUCGAAAAUCGAAAUAUUAAGACUCGCCAUAUGCUACAUCAUGUAUUUAAAUCAAUUUUUGGAAACGUAA